AGAAAAUCAUUUCAUUCAUCAAGUUUAUUUUAUUAGCAAGCAAUAGCAGGCUCUUCGGGCAGGUGCAUAUCAAUAAAAAACUAUUUACUUUUGAAAAUAAGCAGUGAUAACUAUGGGUUUCUGAAAUUUUGAGAUAAUAAAUUUAAUUAAGAUUGUUGCUACACAUAACCAUCAAAUAUAGAUUUAACGUCUAGCUGCAAAUUAAAGGCAGUUUUAGCUUUUCAAGCAUAGAGUUAUAAAUAAUUUAUAUUAUACAUUAAGUAAAUAUAUGACACUAACUAUAAAAGUGUAAAGGAAUGGAUUUUCAAAUACCACCAGGUUUAACAGAACUUAUGCAAGAUUUUACUGUUCUUGUUCUUAAAGAAAAACCAACAGAUCUUGUUGAUUUUGCAGCUAAUUAUUUUACUAAGUUAAAAGAAGAAAAGAAACAAUAUGGCGAUAAAAAAAAUACCAGCAAAGGUGUUAAAUUUUUAGAAAGUUUUAGCAGUGAUGAUGAAGAACCGGAACCUCCACAACAUCGCUAUGAUAGACGAAAAUCUGUUUGUGCUGAAGCAUACAAUCCUGAUGAUGAUGACUCUGAUGAGGAGCAAGUGCCUGUUAAUCCUAAAUCCAAAGCUCAAAGAGAAAGACUGAACCAAGCUGUCAAGAAUAUCCUAUUGUUUAAAAGCUUAGAUUUGGAGCAGUUGAAUCAAGUUUUAGAUGCUAUGUUUGAAAGGAAGACGGUAAUUGGAGAUGUAAUUAUUCGUCAGGGGGAUGAUGGAGACAACUUUUAUGUUGUUGAUAAUGGUGUUUUUGACAUAUAUGUACUUGUUGAUGGUGUUGAUAAAAAGGUUGGCACUUACAACAACAAAGGUAGUUUUGGAGAGUUGGCGUUGAUGUACAACACUCCUAGAGCUGCAACAAUAAUAGCUUCUUCAGAAGGUACAAUAUGGGGUCUUGAUCGUGUCACUUUUAGGAAAAUCUUGCUUAAGGCUGCUUAUCAAAAGCGCAAGAUGCAUGAAGCACUUAUUGAAAAUGUACCAAUGCUCAAGUUUCUAAAUGAGUAUGAAAGAAUGAAUGUUGCUGAUGCAUUAGAAUCCAAAUCAUUUAAAGAUGGUGAACUUAUUGUUAAACAAGGUGAUGAAGCAGAUAACAUGUAUUUUAUCGAAAAAGGAAGAGUUUGUGUAAAAAUUGCUCGCCAAGGUACCAAUGAAGAAGUUGAAGUUACUCAAUUAUCUGAUGGACAAUAUUUUGGAGAGCUGGCUCUAGUAACACAUAAUCCACGUGCUGCAUCUAUAUAUUCUAUUGGCGUUUGUAGAGUUGCAGCUUUAGACGUGUUGGCUUUUGAACGGCUACUUGGUCCUUGUAUGGAUGUCAUGAAACGAAAUAUUGGAGAUUAUGAUGAACAGCUGAGUAAACUCGGACUAAAAAAUCGAGAUUUGCGAUAAAUUUAACAAAUAUAAAGUAUAUUAACGAAGAGUAAAUGUUUAUACUUUAUCGCGUUAGAGUUCCUUCAGAAACGACUUUAUCGAAAAAAUAUUUUCAAGACAGAACUUAGUUUCAAAUAAAAUUUAAAGAAAUCACAAAACUCGAUAGUAUUAUCUAAAAAAAAAUUACGAUCAAAAUUUCGGUCAAGUCUCAUUAUUUAUCUUUUUUUUUUUUUUUUUUUAAUUUUGAUAUUCCUAUUUUGUUAUAAAGAAUUCUGGUAUUUAUUUAUAAAAUUGAAUGUUUUACAAAUUCUUUUGUGUAACUAUGCUAUUUUUUUGUGUGUAACUAUGCUACCUUAUAUUGAAGUAGCUGUGUUGUCAUAAAAGAAUUUUGUUUAGAUGUAAAACUUUGCUAAUGUGUGCUGCUUGUUUCUUAUAAAUAUAUUAUAUAUAUAUAUACAUACAAAUAAAUAUAUAUUGUUAGUUGGAAGGUUGAAUGAAUUUAUUAAAAUUGUGUAAAUAUAGUCACUUAAAUAUGAAUAUUCUGGAGUAAAGAGAUUUACUGUCAAAA